AUGUCGAUUUUAUCUUACAGAUUCUUCAGAUGUAUUCCUCGUCUAAGGUCUAUUACAUUAUCAUCUCGACAAUCAUCUACAAGUACUAUUGAUCCUGCAGAAAUUAAUCGUUUUCGGCAAUUAUCAUCAGCAUGGUGGAAUGAAACAGGAGAAUACGCUGCAUUACAUUCACUUAAUCAACUUCGAAUACCGUUUAUUCGUGAACAACUUCUUCAAUCAUUAUCAAAAACAAACGAUCCUAUCAAACCUUUAAAAGAUUUUAAAUUACUUGAUAUCGGUUGUGGUGGUGGUAUUCUAACUGAACCUUUAGUACGUCUUGGUGCUUCCGUAUUAGGUAUUGAUGCUGUUUCAGAAAAUAUAUCUACAGCUGAAUUUCAUGCUGAUCCUAUUUUGAAAAAAGAUCUGAAUUAUAAACAUGUGACACUUGAAGAAUUAAGUGAAAAUGCCGAACAAAUAGAAAAAUAUGAUGGAAUCAUUGCUUCGGAAGUUCUUGAACAUAUCAAUAAUGUCGAUGGUUUCAUUGGAAAUGUAUCAAAAUUAUUAAAACCAAAAGGUCUUUGUUUUAUUACAACAUUAAAUCAAACAAUGGCUUCUUAUUUUCUUGGUAUUAUUGCUGCUGAAUAUGUUUUUCGAUUAGUUCCUCCAGGUACACACUCUUGGAAUAAAUUUAUUCGUCCAUCUGAUUUGAUAACUCUAUUUGAUAAAAAUGGUUUUACUGUUCUUCUAAACAAUGGAAUGUUUUACAAUCCUCUAACAAAUCGAUGGUCAUGGUCAGACAACAAAAUUAUUAACUAUGCACUGUGUGCAAUAAAAAAUUAA